AUGACUCCUGUCCUUGAUUUCCCAUCCUACUCACAUCUGCCCUCCCUUCUGCUGGCUCUGUUGCUGAAACUCACAGGAACUUCAAGUGAAGAUUUCCAGGUGAACCAGCCUGAGAGUUCAGUGUCAGCCAAGGCUGGAGAUGUCAUAACCUUGGGCUGCAACAUUCCUGCACCAUCUCCAGUAGGGCCUGUCUUGUGGUUCAAGGAUGCUAAGCUAGAACGAAAAUUAAUCUACAGUUUCAAUGGACGCCGAUUCCCCCGAGUAUCCCAAGUGGUAAAUCCAAUGGCCAACCAGACAGACUAUUCCAUCCGCAUCAGUGAUGUGUCGCCUAAGGAUGCUGGCAUGUAUUACUGUGUGAAGUUAACAAUAGGGCAUCCUGACAUGGCAUAUAUAGCUGGCCCAGGCACCUAUGUGUCUGUGAGUGGAGUCACAAAUGAGAUGUUCAAGGUGCAGCAAGCUGAGAUAUCACAGACUGUGUCACCUGGGGAAACACUCACUUUGAGUUGCAGCGUACCAGAUUCAUUUCCAAAUGGACCCGUCUUAUGGUUCAAGGGGACUGGACCAAAUCGUGAAUUAAUUUAUAAUUUCCAAAGGGGUCUCUUUCCCAGAGUAAACCAAGUUGGAAACAUGGCCAAAGCUGGCAACAAAGACUUUUCCAUUCGCAUCAAUGAAAUCUCUCUUAAAGAUGCUGGCACGUACUUCUGUGUGAAGUUCAAAGAGGGAAAACCUGACAUAGAGUACCAAUCAGGUCGGGGCACCAAGGUGACUGUUACUGGAACAAGAAAUAAUUUUGUCCCGGAUACUCCAGGCAGACAUUUUUUGGCCACGAGGGGAACCAACUGGAACAAAAAUCUACUCUAG